AUGAUAUAAUAGAAAAAAUAUUAUAGAAAUCUAAAAGAUUUUUAUAAAUCUGAAUAUUAAUCUCAUUCAGUUCUUGAAAUUGAUCUAAAGUCUUAUUAAAUUGGUCCUGCAUCAAAUUUAAGUUCUGCUUUAGCAAAAUGCACUAAUCUCUCAAAUUUGACACUUAGUCUUGAGUAGAAUAAAAUUGGCUCAAUUGGUGUAUCAGGCUUAGGUUAUGGUUUAGCAAAGUGCAAUAAUCUCUCAAUUUUGACGCUUAAUCUCUAUAACAAUUAAAUUGAUAAUGAAGGUGUGUUAGGCUUAGGUUCUGCUUUAGCAAACUGCACUAAUCUCUCAAAUUUAACACUUAAUCUCUAGUCUAAUUUAAUUAAUGCUAUUGGUGCAUCAGGCUUAUGUUCUGGUUUAUCAAAAUGCAAUAACCUCUCGAUUUUAUCACUUAAUCUCAUUAGCAAUUAAAUUGGUGCAACUGGUGCAUCAGGCUUAGUUUCUGCUUUAGUAAACUGCACUAAUCUCUCAAAGAUACUUAAUCUUUAAUACAAUUAAAUUGGUGAAAUAGGUGCAUCAGGCCUAGGUUUUGCUUUAGCAAAAUUGAAUAGUCUCUAAAAUUUGAAACUUGAUUUAGGUUACAAUAAAAUUGGUGCAAUAGGUGUAUCAGAUUUAGUUUCUGCUUUAGCAAAUUGUAGUAAUCUCUCAAAUUUGACACUUAAUCUAGAGUAGAAUUAAAUUGGUGAAAUUGGUGCAUAAAACUUAGGAUUUGCUUUAGUAAAGUGCAAUAAUCUCUCAAAUUUAGCACUUAAUCUUUAUUAUAAUUAAAUUGGUGCAGUAGGUGCAUCAGGUUUAUGUAAUGCUUUAAUAGACUGCUCUAAUCUCUAAAAUUUAGAUCUUAAUCUCUAGCGAAAUCUAAUUGGUUCAAUAGGUGCAUCAGGCUUAGGUUCUGCUUUAGGAAAGUACACUAAUAUCUCAGGUUUGGCACUUAAUCUUGAAAACAAUAAAAUUAGUUCUAUUGGUAUAUUAUACUUAGGUUCUGCUUUAGUUAAUUGCUCUAAUCUCUCAAAUUUGACACUUAAUUUUGGGUUUAAUUAAAUUGAUGUUGAAGGUUACCUAGGCUUAUGUUCUACUUUACUAAUAUGCAUUAAUCUUUCAAAUUUAACAAUUAAACUCUAUCAAAACAAAAUCAGUGAGUUUGAACAAUUGAAAGUAAAGGGUAAAUGUCUUAAAUCAAAAAGAUUGGUUAUCUUUAAAAUAAUAAAUAAAUGGUGA